AUGGCAGCGUCAUCCUCCUUGCCCGACCUGCCACCCAAUUACCUCAAGGCCCUCGAACUGAUUAACGAGGCCCACAAACAAGACCCCAGACCCUCGACCGCUGCCGCUGCCGCCUCCGCCUCCGACGCCGACCCGGUGACAUUUGAACUUCACUAUGCCCGCAAAAUGACGCGCUGGCUGGCCGUGCGAUGCCCGACGGCACCGCCCGUGCUGCAGCUCGCUUGCCGUGCCCAGCACUUCAGGAGAUGGGAGAUCCCCCGCAACACGUAUCCGAUGACGCGCCCGGGCUACCUCACCUGGAGAGCCAAGCUCAAGUCCCAGGCCGCGGCGCAGGUGGCCGAGCUGCUGUCUACGUCCGCCGAGAUCCAGCCGGCCCUGCCGCGGGAGGAUGUCGACCGCGUCGCCGCGCUGAUCCGCAAGGAGAACCUGAGCAAGGACGAGGAGACCCAGGUCCUCGAGGACGUCGCCUGCCUGGUCUUCCUCGACGACCAGUUCGACGACUUCGAGAGCAAGGAGGACAUUGACGAGGCCAAGAUCAUCGGCAUCCUGCAGAAGACGUGGGCCAAGAUGAGCGAACCCGGCCGUCAGAUCGCGCUCAAGAUGAACCACAGCGAGAGGGCUCUGAGUCUCAUCGACGACAUCUGGCUCGUCAUCAACGACCACGUUUGGGACUUCACAGACUUCAUCCGCGAACAUCCCGGCGGGAUCGCAGUCAUUCUCAAGUGCGCCGGCAAGGACGCGACAGACGUCUACUCCGAAGUCCACGGCCCCAAUCUCGUCAAGUCGACGCUACCAGCCGCCCACCUCAAGGGCGUGCUCGCCGCCGGCGCAAACAUGCCCAAACCAAAACAAAGUCAAUAUUUCCAACCAAGCACCGCCACAUCACCAACGCAAGAUGAGCAACCUCGGACUCCUCCACAGGCGUCCUCGAAACCGCCGCUGGACACCCUCAUAAGCGCCCACGACUUCGAAGAGGCCGCCUCAACCUCCCUCUCCCCCAAAGCCUGGGCCUUCGUCUCCUCCGCCGCGACGGACCUACACACAAAACGCCGCAACGCCUCCGCCUACUCCCUCAUCGGCCUCCGUCCCCGCGUCCUCGUCGACGUCAGCGAGGUCGACACCUCGACCACCAUGCUCGGCCACCGCAUGCGCUCCCCAAUCUUCUGCUCCCCGACCGCCAUGGCCCGCCUCGUCCACCCCGAGGGCGAAAAGGAGCUCGGAAGAGCCUGCAAGGCCGCCGGCAUCCCCCAGACCGUUUCCGUGAGCGCCUCUUUCCCUCUCGCCGACAUCCUCGCCGCCCGCGCCGCCCACAACACCCCAGAGAACCCCCACGACCCUCCCGUCUUCUUCCAGCUCUACGUAGACAAAAACCGCGCCAACUCGGAGCGCCUCAUCCGCUCCGCCCAGGCCCAGGGCGUCAAGGCCCUCUUCCUGACCAUCGACGCCCCGAUCCCGGGAAAGAGGGAGGCCGACGAGCGGGUCCGCUCCGACGAGUCCAUCGCGUCCCCCAUCUCCGGGGCCCGCGCCGGCAACGACGCGAAGGGCGGCGCCAUCGGACGCAUCAUGGGCAACUACAUCGAUGCCUCCGUGAGCUGGCCCGACGUCGCCUGGCUGCGCCGCACGGUGCCGGGGCUGCCUAUCGUCCUCAAGGGCGUGCAGACGUGGAUGGACGCCGAGCGCGCCGCGGACGCGGGCGUCGAGGCCGUGGUGCUCUCGAACCACGGCGGUCGCAGCCUCGACACCUCGCCCGCGACCGUCGCGGUCCUGCUCGAGCUGCAGAAGAACUGCCCACACGUGUUCGACAAGCUCGAGGUCUACGUCGACGGCGGCGUCUCGCGCGGGACCGACAUCUUCAAGGCCCUGUGUCUGGGCGCCAAGGCCGUCGGCGUGGGGAGGGGGUUGUUGUACGGGCUGAACUACGGCGUCGAGGGCGUGGAGCGUUAUGUUGAGAUCCUCCGAGACGAACUAGAAACCACGAUGAAGAUGUGCGGCGUCACCAGCUUAGACCAAGUCCACCCGGGUUUCCUCAACACUCUCGCCAUCGACCAGUUCAUCCCGGGGCGAGAGGACAACCCGAACACGCCUUGGCGCCGGGAUAGACACAGCCGUUUGUGA